AACUGAAUGAACAGCCGCGAAAGAUGAAGCCGCCGAAAUGGAGGGGGACAGAGCCGGUAAUGGUGAAAGAGAGAUCUGCGCGUUCCUGGAAACUCGAAGCUUGGAAAAAAUGGCGUCAAGAGUUCAUCUCGCAAUGUCAAAUAAACCUUCGUACGGUCGGCGCAAUGACUAGACCCGGUGGUCAGUCCACACAGUGCGAGAAAUUCAAAUUAAUGUAAUUGUUUGAUUGGAUGUGGGGACAAUGAGAUCAGUUUUGCCCCUUUCAUUCACGUUUGCAGGCCCCUCUAACUUAAAGAACGUGAAAAUGGUUCAUUCGUUAAUGCUUUAAGUUCUGCUGCUAUAACCAAUGACUGAAUUUCCUAGAACUUCGAAGAAGAGGGCUUUUCAUAUCUACCAUGGCGAUGGUUAUGGAGCUCCAAAUCAAGAGUCAAAACGAAUCAAUAUACUUGGGACGGCUUUUCUGGAGGAUAGCAUGUUCACUAUUCUCGAACCUUUGAUUCGGAGAGUGGUAAGAGAAGAAACAGAUUGUGCUAUUACCAAAAUUUUUCUCUCUUCUUCAAGCAGCUCAAUUAGCGAAGCUGAAACAACGACAGCAGGAUUUAGUAUGCAGCUGCUGUUUGAUGGCAAACUGCCGGAUCAAAUAUUCACAAACAAUCCACUGAAAGCCGAGGGGGGCAAACCAUUGGAAAUUCAUCUAUGCUAUGCCAAUUCCAAGGCUGUAGUGGAAUCUGGUCCACUAUCAUCGGCGAAAGUCGAUUUUUCUGUCAUCAGUGGGCUAUGUUCCAGAGAUCAGGAUGAUUGGACUGAGGAGGAGUUCAAUUCUAAAAUUUUAAGCGAAAGAGAUGGUAAAAGACCUCUUUUAGCGGGAUCCCAGAGUAUCGUAUUGAAAAACGGGGUUGGAGUAAUAGGAGAUCUAAGCAUUACUGAUAAUUCCAGCUGGAUCCCGAACAGGAAAUUCAUAUUGGGAGCUAAAAUUUCACAUAAAAAUUCUGGAGAAUAUAGAGUUAAGCCAGCCAGAAGCUAUCCUUUUUCCGUCAAAGACUGCCGUGGAGAGAGGUAUAUGAAGCAUCAUCCUCCAAGCGUGCAAGAUGAAGUAUGGCGUUUGGAGAACAUUCGAAAAGAUGGUAAAUUCCAUCACCAGCUUACCAGACACAAGAUUCACACUGUCGAAGACUUUCUCCGACUGAAUGAAACAAAUCAACGCAAGUUGCGCUCUAUACUUGACCCAAUGUCAGAUAGGAUGUGGCAAAAAGUUUUGGAUCAUGCAAAAACUAGCAUCACGGGCAAUGGCACGGUUCCAAGAUGCCCAAAUGGAUGGGAUGGGGCAAUAGUUGAAGAUCUAAAGCAGCCAAUAUGUGUGAACAGAUUUAUUGAAGAUCUAAAGCAGCCAAUAUGUGUGAACAGAUUUGAUGAGCAACAUACCUUCAAACCUCCAUUGACCUACCGGCAAGCUGGUCCUAUUUCGCCGAAUCUACGGUUGCAUCCAUUGCCCGACGUCAUACAUUCACAAGAGAACCUGCAAAUUUGUGCUCCAAAUACUAACAACGGUGAAGAAGAUGGAAUACCUUCAAUUUUCCAAAUACAUAACAGUCAUGCAGACCAAAUCUUUCCUCCAAUACUGCAACCUGAUUACAUUGUAGAUGACUGUACUUUACUGUUGCAAAAUCCAGUUUACUAUCCUCCAGCAACAUUCGGGCAUGGAAACGAGUUGCUUCCUUCUUCGAGUUAUGCAGCGGAGGCUGGGGCAAUGUCAGUCGAAUCUUCGAAAUGGAAACGGAAAAGCCAAUAUUCAGACGUUGUCUCGCCGUACUCCGGUGCUAAAAUGUCAAGUAACUUCUUUCAUUGUCUUAGUGUCAUGUUAUACUGCUCACCCAAGGAGUAAAGUUCUGCUAAAUUUGCAGGUUCUUCUUAAGAGUCUUUGUAAAGAGUCUGCUUUCCUCUUUUUAUCUAUAUAAGCUCUGCUAGUUGACGUUGAUGUAACCUAUAAAACAAUUAGAAAGGAACAUGUUUUUCUUCGAAACGAACAUCACAAGUAUACAGGUUCCUACAUCGGCAGCCUCGUAGGCCAAGGGCUCGGGUCGUUAUGCGAAGAUGCGACAACAUUCUUGAUUCUUUUGUUAUGGUGGAGAACUUGGUAACUGAUUGCUCUUGUUGUGGAGAACUAAGAAAGCAAAGGUACACAUUUGUAUGACCUUUGUUUUUAUAGUGAAGCAUUGAUUUGGGGGAAAUAUUAAUUAU